AUGGAGCGGCCACCCUCUGCUACCACCUCCAAGAUGUCCGUGACGGGAACACGAGACUUUGGCAUGAAAUUUAUAGCAAAUAUGGAUGACCUCGCUGGAAGCACGAUCGACGCCGGCUCGCCCCGCCAGCCGCCUGUAAGCGCGUCCUACGCGUCCGUCAAGGAGGCGUACGAAAGCUCGCCGUAUUUGGAGAGUCAGCAGCAGCCCGUGCCUGCGAGCACUGCCAGGCAUCAUCGCGAAGAGAAAGAGGCGGUCGAGGAGGAAGGGUAUCAUCCGUUCUGGACGGCGUGUUGGGAUAUCCUUCGAGGCGUGGGAUUGAUUAUUGCCGGCGCGCUUAAGAUUCCUUUUACCAUCGGCCACGGCUUUGCCAAGGCAUUUCAUUUCACCCCGACCCUGUACAAAGACGAGACCGUUCGGAAAUGGCCUCAGAUCACCGGCUUUCCGUCGUCGAUUGUUGCUGCCGUCCAGUACUUCUUGUAUGGACUUCUUGACGGUCUCACGGAUUGGUUCGUGCUACCUUACAAGUGUGCAAGAAAAGAAGGUUUCCUUGGGGUUUUCAAAGGGUUCUUUCAAGGACUCGGCAGUGCUGUAUUCAAGAUAUCUGCAGGCACGAUAGGGUUGGCGACGCAUCCGUUCUAUGGCAUAUAUAAGGAGGUGGCAAAGUUCAAAGUGGAAUUCAAGCGUGAGCGCCGGCCGCAACAAGAUGUUGGAGAUCUGAUAUAA